AAUUUCAACGUAUUGAAAGCUUCACUUCAGAGAAAACAAAUGUGAACCAAAUGCGUAGACAUUUAUUUUUUGGAUAACAAUACACGAACCCACACACACACACACAUACACACACACACGUACAUGCACAGACGGAACCUACUGUGAUACCCUAUACAUGAACUGGGGCCAUCCGGCAUAUAGGAAAAGAACGCAGCUACAUACCCCUCAGAGUACAAAACAUCAAAUACAUCCAAGAGGAGAGCAAAUCAGCAAAACUCAGAAUGGACUUCGAUCAAAUUCUUGCCAAAUGCGGCGACUUCAAUCGCUAUCAGUUUAUGAUACUCGCACUCUUUGGCUUUAUCAAUAUCAUCGUAUCGAUGCAUUAUUUCACACAAACUGUGAUUAGUUUCGUGCCGGAUCAUUGGUGCUAUCACGAGAAGCUCGUUAACAUGACAUAUAAGGAGAUCGCCGACAUCUAUGCCAAAUUCGAGAAUCCCUCAUGCACACGCCUCGCCGACAUCAAUGGCAGCGUGGUCACAGUCAGCACGGAGAAAUGCGAAAAGUGGAUAUAUAAUUACGACUUUGGCUAUAGAAGCAUGAACACCGAGCUGAACUGGGUCUGUGACUCAGCGUAUAAGGCGCGCAUUGGACAGUCGCUGUUCUUCAUUGGGUCUGUGGUCGGUACGCUGUUCUAUGGUCUGUUGUCUGAUAAAAUUGGACGUGUGCCAGCCCUGAUAUUGUCGAACUUCUGCGGCUUUGCUGGCGAUUUCUCUACCAUCUUUACCAAGAGUGUGGCCACAUUUACGCUCUGCCGUUUCAUAUCGGGUCUGGCGGCCGAUACCAACUUUUAUCUCAUGUAUAUUAUAGUGCUCGAAUAUAUACGGCCCAGCAUGCGCACAUUGGGUCUGAAUAUGGCAGUGGGUCUAUUCUAUUGCCUGGGCCUGGUGUUCACGCCCUGGCUGGCCGUUCUGGCCGGCCACUGGCAGAUCUACUUGGCCUGCACAUCGCUGCCCAUUCUGCUGGUGGUGCUGUACUAUUUUGUGGUGCAGGAGAGCGCCCAGUGGCUGGUGACGCGCAACGACAUCGAUGGGGCGAUAAUGCGGCUCAAGCGCGUCGCUAGAUUCAAUGGUCGCCAUGUGUCGCAGGCGGAAUUCGAUGAGUUCAGGCGCCAUUGCCAAAUGACCCGCGAGAUGCAGGGCGGCGAUGAUAAGAAGCAUGCGACGCUGUUGGACAUGUUUAAGACGCCACGCAUGCGCAAGAACACGCUGAUUCUGUUCUUCAAAUCAAUGGUCAUCACACUAUGCUACGACGCCGUGUCGCGUAAUGUGGAAGGCAUGGGCAUCUCGCCCUUCAUCAUGUUCUCGCUAAGCGCCCUGGCGGUGUUACCCUCAAGUAUUCUGCUGGUGCUGCUCCAGGAUCGCAUCGGACGCAAAGGCAUGGCAUCGGGCUCGCUGCUGGUUGGUGGCCUGUUCACGGCUGCCGCUGGCAUUGCCAUCGCCUAUCAGCAGCACAAUCACAAUGCCAUUUUGUUGGCCUGCCUGACGAUCGCAGCGCGUUUCGGCGUGGCCAUCUCGUAUGAGUCGGGAUCGCAGUAUGCGACAGAACUGAUACCCACGUGUGUGCGCGGCCAGGGCGUGGCUGCGGUGCAUGUGGCCGGCUUUGCGGCAUCCUUCCUGGCGCCCUACAUCCUAUGGCUGGGCACGUUCUUCAAGGCCGCUCCUUCAAUCAUAUUGGGUGUGCUCUUCUUUGCCGGCUCCUUUGUAUGCCUGCUUCUGCCAGAGACCCUCAACCGGAGUCUUCCCACCACCAUCGAGGAGGGUGAGGUGUUCGGCAAGGGCGAACGCAUGUUCGACUUCCCCUGCCUGCACCAUAACGACGACGAUGACUCCGACUCUGAGAUGGAAAAGUACAAACGCAAGCAUUCGCUCAUUGAUGCCAAGCAACAGGUGGAGUCCGGGCAAUACAGCAAGCGCAAACAAUCGCUGAUCGAUGCCGAUCGCGAGGAGCAGGCCCUCAAGGAUGCAAAGCAUUGAGCCAAUCUCGAAUGCCUCUGACUAGCUUGUAGUUUAGUUAAACAAUUUUCUAUGGGCCCCUUACCAAGCACUACUUAACACUUUCAAUCAAGCAACUAUAAUAACAAUAGCCCUAAGUAGACAGCUGAACAAUACUGAAUUUCAAUAAUUAAUUAAUUUUCGACUUAAUAAUGCAGCAGUUAUUAUAUAAAACACAAAUCUAAAGCAGUGCUAGCUGUGUGAAUACCUCAUAAAUAACUAUUCAAAGAUUACUUAAAAUUUACAAACUUUAUGCUCACGUAUCUAUAGAACGUUUUCGAUAAAUAUUUCUUGCUAAAGCACACACACACAUCUA